AUGGAUCAACCACCUUCCGCAGAAAAUAACGGAGAACAAAAUAGUAAAAGCUCUAAUAGCUUGAACAAUCGAGGAAGAGGUAGCAGGCGCUCAAGAAGAUCAUAUAAUUACCGGAAUUCUAUUAAAAAUUCAACAGAUGAUCCUAAUAAGAAAAGCCAAAUAAGAAGCAGGGGUGGAUAUAAUCGUCGACGCAAUGGAAAUGGCCGCUUUAAUGCCAAUCACCGAUAUGACAGACAAACGGACCCUAGAUACUCUCAAACAGAAGAGGGGUCUCGUAUUGACGUUACUUCUUCACAAGCAAGCUCGUCUUUAACUGUAUCCGAAGUGGCAAGCGUUUCGGUUCUUGAAGAUUCUCUAAAGAAUUUAAGUUUAAGAGAGGCAAAUAUGGAGCAGUUUUUACGUGGAACGUAUGAAUGCUCUAUUUGUUUUCUUAAAGUCAAACCCCGAGAUGCAAUUUGGUCUUGUGAUAAAUGCUAUGGAUCCUUCCAUUUAACUUGCAUGAUAAAAUGGGCCAAUGCGGGCUUGCUGAACAAGGACAGUGAUCAGGCCACUUGCCUAGCUUGGAAGUGUCCACAUUGCCAGAAAGUUCAUACUGCAUCGACCAAUCCUCUCACUUAUCGAUGCUUUUGUGGUAAGGUCUCUAGGCCAGAGUAUCGACCUGGAGUUUCCACAAUGCCCCACGGUUGUGAUGAAGUCUGUGGAAAAUCGAAGGCCAACUUAAAUGCAAAAGCUCUUGACAAUCCUAGGAUUCAAUCUUGUCCACAUAACUGUACAGAGCUUUGCCACCCUGGUCCCUGUCCGCCUUGCACAGCCAUGGUGCAGCUCUCGUGUCCCUGCGGACGCGUCGUCAAGACCACGCGAUGUGGUGAGGAACCUCCCUUGCCAUGUGGUGGUCCUUGUGGUCGCUCUUUAAAUGAAGACUGCUGCGUCUUCGGCACCCAUGUCUGCCCUCUCAACUGCCAUGACGGUGAAUGUCCACCUUGUGACAAACUCAUCAAAUCUGAUUUAUGUGCAUUCUGGGGUUAUAAGAGAGUGGAGCGACCAUCCGUCGUCCCCAGCGUCAUAGACAUCUGGAUAAUCAUCAGUAAUUUUCCCACUGGUCCACCCUGCAUUUGUGUUGGUUUGUGUGGUUGA